AUGAAGCCUCAAAUCAGGACAGCAGCCCCAGCUGCUACGGACUCUGAAGAUGUCACAACAGCAGCUCUCAUCGACGGGUCCCCCGCGUCGGGGACCCACAGUGGUCCCUCCCCCGGCGCAGUAGCCCCGGCUGCAGUGGCGGCACCGGUAGCCGCAGCUGCAGCUGCAGCCGCAACCGAAGCAGUUGCGCUUUUGAGCCCAGGAGUCGCGGAAGUUCCCCAGGACUCUGGCACUCUUGGAGAUUCAGGAGUUCCUGUGCAGGUGCUGCGCGUGCGUGGGCGAACAGAUAUGGACUACAUAUUGAGCUAUGUUUCAGCUGCGUACAACUUGCAGUUUCGUUCGUUAGAGAAGCAGUGGGGCCGGGAAGCUACUAUUAGCUCCGCCGACAAUGAAUAUGUGCGGCAAGUGCAAUCACAGCCAAGGCCUCUGAAUGCGCCUCGUAUGGCGCUGCUGCUGCUGUUCAUGGUUGCCGUCUUCAUCAGAGGCUGCACUUACUGGGGCUGGAACGGGAUGCAGGACAUGCUGUACAAGUCAGGAGCUUAUGCCUGGCUGUGCGAAGAGGAGGGGGAGCCCCUGAGUUGGCAAACUGUCGGGUCUGUGGCCUACAUAGACUGCCCCAGCCGCAAGAAUUCCAUUAAUAAUUUGUAUACCUCAGCGUUCGCUGCUAACUUCAUAUUCUCGGCUGCUGGGGGCCUCAUAUUGGACCGCGUGGGGCCCAAGCUGACGCUUCUGGGCGCGAUAGCGCUGGACGCCGUAGGCUGGGGUUUGCUUGCUGGGGCUUCGGACUCUUUUGUGUCGUACAUCCCUGCUCUUGUUUUUAUUGGGAUGGCUGCCGACCCCGGUUAUUUUUCCCUGCUGUGCGUCUCCAACUUAUUCCCUCAAAGGGAAUCGACGGUGCUUGGAGUGAUGGGCUCCGUGCGUUCUCUCUCUUUCGCCAUGCCUGUGAUCAUGGCUGAAGUCUACAAGAGUACAUCUUUCGAGCCGGACGACUUGUGGAAAGUCCUAUUGUUCUACAUUUGUGUUGGCUUGGGAAUUGCUUUGUUGGUUUGCAUUAUAUUUACUCCCUGGCGCACAUUCUGGGGAGCCGAGGACUUCAGAAAUGAACACAGGAAAGCACAGGCAGAAAGCCUAAGAAAACAAACACUGAACAACCUGCCUCUGGCAUUCUUCCAGCCUUGGCUUACUAAUAGCGUUAGCUCCGCCAACCCUUCGACGAUCGUCAGCAGCAGCAGCAGCAACAGCAACUGUCGAUACAAGCUGGUGCUGACUCCGGAGGAGUACAACGAGGUGUAUGGGGCUCUAGCGCGUGUGGAGUCGUCUCAUUCACCCGUUGUCUCUGAGUCCUCUCUUUGCCGGGCUUUAUCAGACCCGCGAUUUUUGUUUUUGCUGCCAGUUUUCGUCGUCAAUUUGUUGCGAGUUGAGUUUUACACGAAGUCUAACAAGGAACAGAUGGCUCUGUCCGAUGGCAGCAACCUCUAUGCCUUGUUUUCAGCAAUGAACAUCCUAUCUUUCAUUCCGGGGCCCCUUAUGGGGGUUCUGAGCGACCGUUAUGGGGUGCUUUCUGUAUUGGUAUUCAUUAAUUUUGCGGGUAUGCUCAUGUACGCGCUGCUGCUACCAGAAAGCUUGGUAAGCAAGGGUUUCUCUGUUGUUUUCUUUUGGGUAUAUGCGUCCUUCGUGCUAAGCAGCAUCUACUGCUACAUUAAGGCCCAGUUCCCUAAUAAGCUGUUCGGUUCGUUGGCGGGUUUAUGCUCGCUUGUGGGCGGCUGCUUCGCCCUGACCAGCAUCGGCUGGUACACCCUUUCGACGGACACCCUGGCCGACCUUGCACCCCGCAACUUUUGGGUAGUAGAUUUGAUUAUGGUGGCAGGGGGUCUUCUCGUUUGUUGCGUGCUUGGGGUGCUUAUUUAUCUUGACAAGAAACAGAAAAAACAGAGAAAACACAACCGGCAGCUAGAGGUGGAGCAGCAGGAACAAGAGCUCCAGGAACGAGAAGACGUGGACAAGCACAGCGAAACAGAAAGUAAAGUGCGGAUGCAUGCACUCAGUGGUACUGGCAACGCACUCGACACACAGGACACUGUAGCUGAACUCAAUGGAGCAACAUCAGCGGCCGCCGCAGCAACUGCUGCAGCAGCAGCACCAACAAUGCAAGUAGGAGGCUUCAUAGAAGUCAUGGGCGCACAGGAACGAGUUUAG